GACCCGAUCAGAUAAUUGAAAAAUUAUAAGGACUUCAAAACGACUUCUUCUUAUUUACGUAGCUAUUAUACGUAGCUGUUUGUUAAAAAAUACGAAUAAAAAUGGCUCAAGGCAAACUAAAAGUUAAAAGCAAACUGCCCGCAGGAGCAAAAGUUAAGAAAAACAAAGGCAAAGCUGUUACAAAGCGGAGCAACGCACCUGUUCCUAGCAAAUCUACCGCGGUCGAACGUAACAAGAUGAAGGCUAAAGUGACAAAAAUGGUGAACGCACAGGCUGAACAGCAACUCAGGGCUUUGGCCACCAGCUCUGGAGAACUGUCAGCAGCACAGCAACAUGUGGCGAAGGCGCCAACGGCACCGGCGCCUGCUAAAUGAUACAUAACCUAAAAAGGCCAUGGACUGUUGUGUUUUGUACAAAUGUUGUAAAAUAUAAGCUUAAAGUCAAGUAAAUACUGUUAAAUAAACAAUAAGACAUCUGUCUUAUUGUUUUUACCUAUUUGACAUUUAUUGAGAUAAUUUUUACUGAUUUAAGUAAAUUAUUAUCGCUAUCAAGUGUAAUUCUAUUACGAAGCCAAAUAGCUAAACAUGGCCUAUCAGCCUUUUCAAGACUGUUGGCUCUGUCUACCCCACAAGGGAUAUAGACGUGACCAUAUCUAUGUAUGUAUUGAGUGUAAAAUGUAAAAAACAAUGGGUUUAAUUGGAUAAAAAGUAGGUAUUGACAUUUGGGAAAGGCCAGCUUGAAGCUCUUAUAGGUUUUUAAAGUCAAAAAAAAAAAAACAAUAUCUGACUGUGAAUAGAAGUAAACUUGUUUUAAUGUUAAUAAAAUGUUAACUUAUUUUUUAUUAAAUUCUAACAA